AAACUUUGAGGUAGCCCAAGAAACUCUCACUGACAUGCCACCCAGAGCAGAGGAAGAGCUGGACCCCGUGACCCUGCACAACCAGGCUCUGAUGAACAUGGAUGCCAAGCCCACAGAGGGCUUUGAAAAGCUCCAGUUUCUGCUCCAGCAGAACCCCUUCCCCCCAGAGACCUUUGGCAACCUGCUGCUACUCUACUGUAAAUAUGAGUAUUUUGACCUGGCAGCUGAUGUCCUGGCAGAAAAUGCCCACUUGACUUACAAGUUCCUCACACCUUAUCUCUAUGACUUCUUGGAUGCCAUGAUCACUUGCCAGACAGCUCCUGAAGAGGCUUUCAUUAAACUUGAUGGGUUGGCUGGCAUGCUGACUGAGCAGCUCAGGAGACUCACUAAACAAGUUCAAGAAGCAAGACAUAACAGAGAUGAUGAAAUUAUUAAAAAAGCUGUGAAUGAAUAUGAUGAAACUCUUGAGAAGUACAUCCCUGUNCUGAUGGCCCAGGCAAAAAUCUACUGGAAUCUUGAGAAUUACCCAAUGGUGGAGAAGAUCUUCCGAAAAUCUGUGGAAUUCUGUAAUGACCAUGAUGUGUGGAAGCUGAAUGUGGCCCAUGUCCUCUUCAUGCAGGAGAACAAGUACAAAGAGGCCAUUGGUUUCUAUGAGCCCAUUGUCAAGAAGAAUUAUGAUAACAUCCUGAGUGUCAGCGCUAUCGUGUUAGCCAACCUCUGUGUUUCCUAUAUCAUGACAAGUCAAAACGAGGAAGCUGANGAGCUCAUGAGGAAGAUUGAGAAGGAGGAGGAACAAGUCUCUUAUGGUGACCCAGACAAGAAAAUCUACCACCUUUGCAUUGUGAAUUUGGUGAUAGGAACCCUGUACUGUGCCAAAGGAAACUAUGACUUUGGCAUCUCUCGGGUUAUCAAAAGCCUGGAGCCUUACCAUAAAAAGCUAGGCACNGAUACAUGGUAUUAUGCCAAGAGAUGCUUCCUGUCCUUACUAGAGAACAUGUCAAAGCACAUGAUAGUGCUNUGUGACGGUGUUGUUCAAGAAUGUGUCCAGUUUCUAGAGUACUGUGAAAUUUAUGGUAGAAACAUCCCUGCUGUUCUAGAACAGCCCUUGGAGGAAGAAAGAAUUCACACCGGGAAGAAUACAGUCACGUAUGAGUCCAGAAUGUUGAAAGCCUUGAUUUAUGAGAUCAUAGGGUGGAAUAUGUAGCAGCUUCUCUUACUGACUUUUAUGAUAAAGGCUUUGUUAUGUUGACAUUGUGUUUCAACUCUGAGCUUUUGAAUUUUCAUACUUUUUACAUGUUAUGCAUUGUCUGAUUUAACUUUAUUCAGUUAGAUAUAGCUUUUCUUGAUGAGAACCUUCACUAACUGAGAUAACAAAUGAAANCAGAAGCNUUUCUUUAAAAUAACUGAAUGGAGGAAGUACCAUNGGAUAAAGUUUACAACGUCCANGUCUUUUCAUUGCUGUUUCAUACUAUGCUUUGUUGUUUGUGAACAACAUCAUUUUACCCAUGGAGGACACGUGUCUGCCAUGGGCCUUAGCAAGAUGACAUUUGGGCUUUAGAAGUAGUUUCAGGAAUUACAUGUUCUGCUUUA